CUCCAAGGUAAAUAGGAGUGUGCAGAAGUUACCACGUCGUCGCUGUUGGGUCGCCACGUGUUAGUGACGUGCCGCGGCCUCGCGUCGCCCUGCUGCCUGCCUGCAUCCAUAAAAAGGUCGCCAUGGACCAACACCCAACCCAAGUCAGGGAAGAGCAAGACCAAAAUGGCUCCGAAGCAGAGGAAGAAGGUGCAGGUGGUUGCUUCCGUGGUGAAGACGAAGACCAAGGUCGUAGAGGAGACCGUGCAGGUCACCACCGCCGAGCCGGUGUCCGGGUCCACUGUACAGGUGGAGGUGGAGACGGACGCCAAGAAGACGACGGCGGUGCAGAGCCAAGAGCGAGAGGAGCCCAAUGCACAAGGGCGCCGUAAAGGAGGGGGAGGAGGAGGAGGAAGGAGACGGAGGAGCAGGAGAGGAGGAGCAGGAGCAGGAGGAGGGUACAAGCGGUACGUGUGGCGCGUGCUGAAGCAGGUGCACCCUGACAUGGGCGCCUCCGGGCGCACCAUGGAUGUGCUGGACACCAUGAUGAGCGACAUGUUCGAGCGCCUGGCGGAGGAGGCCUCCCGCCUCUCCAAGGUGUCGGGCCGCGCCACCCUCACGUCCCGCGAGGUGCAGUCCGCCGUCCGCCUCGUCCUCCCCGGCGACCUCGCCAACCACGCCAUCUCCGAGGGCACCAAGGCCGUCUCCAACUACCUUUCCUAGCCUAGCCAACUAGCUACGUCUAUAUUUGCAUAUCUCACAUCCAUCGAUGGAGGACUAUAUAUGUUGUGCAUGUGUUGUACACUGCCCCUGCUGCUGCUGCUGCUCUCUCUCUCUCUCGGUUCCUUCAUCAGUCUGUCUUUAGUUUAAUUAGUCUGUAUUAGCAUCGUAGCUUAGUUUGC